CAAUCAAUUAAUCAGGAGAAGAAAGGGAGUCGCCAAAAUUUCUCGUAUUUUCUCGAGAAAAAGCGAUCCCAUUUCUCUCUCGAGAAAAAACCUCCGCUGAAAAUGAGAGAGAUCCUUCACAUCCAAGGAGGCCAAUGCGGGAACCAGAUCGGUGCCAAGUUCUGGGAAGUAAUCUGCGGCGAGCACGCCAUCGACUCCACCGGCCAGUACUGCGGCGAGACAGAUCUCCAGCUCGAGAGGAUCAAUGUUUACUACAACGAAGCGAGCGGAGGGAAGUACGUGCCACGCGCUGUCCUAAUGGAUCUGGAGCCUGGGACGAUGGACUCUCUGAGAUCUGGGCCGUUUGGGCAGAUUUUCAGGCCCGAUAACUUCGUGUUUGGGCAGUCUGGUGCGGGGAAUAACUGGGCGAAAGGGCAUUAUACGGAGGGAGCUGAGUUGAUUGAUUCGGUGCUUGAUGUUGUGAGGAAGGAGGCUGAGAACUGUGAUUGUCUUCAAGGUUUUCAAGUAUGUCAUUCUCUGGGAGGAGGAACUGGCUCUGGCAUGGGAACUCUUCUUAUUUCAAAGAUAAGGGAGGAAUAUCCUGACCGUAUGAUGAUGACCUUCUCGGUCUUCCCUUCUCCUAAGGUCUCUGACACCGUCGUUGAGCCAUACAAUGCUACACUCUCCGUUCACCAGCUUGUUGAGAAUGCUGACGAGUGUAUGGUUUUGGAUAACGAAGCUCUCUAUGAUAUCUGUUUCCGCACCUUGAAGCUUUCUAAUCCUACAUGGAACUCGACUUCGAUCCAGGAAAUGUUCAGGCGUGUGAGUGAACAGUUCACUGCUAUGUUCAGGAGAAAGGCUUUCUUGCAUUGGUACACAGGAGAAGGAAUGGACGAGAUGGAGUUCACGGAAGCUGAGAGUAACAUGAACGAUCUUGUUGCAGAGUACCAGCAAUAUCAGGAUGCUACAGUGGGUGAAGAAGAGUAUGAGGAGGACGAAGAAGAGGAAGAAGAAGCUUAAAAGAACCAUGAUUGAUUACUACUUGUGUAAGGCUUCACUCACUUCUUUUCUCUUUUUUAUACGUUUGUUCCUUGGAAUUGAAUCUUCUCUCUUUAUCUGCUUUGUGUGUUUUUGUUAUUGAACUUGUUCUCGAGUGUAAUCCUAUAUAUGCCUAUGCUUCUUUGUUUUGUCUAUGAAUAUGUUCAGUGUCAAG